AUUAUUUUUCGCGGUAAUGUCACGUAACACCCCGCGUGUAGAGGAUUGUACUUAUUUAUAUUUAGAAUCAAAUUAAGAAUUCGCGAUAGCGCUCACCCGCUAUCUCGUUCUUGAAACUCUUCGAGUGAUGCUAAUGUGGGCUCGAUAACGCGUCGCUCAUACCACUCGUCCAAGUCCGAUGUUUGGAAUAGUUCACAAUUUUUAGUGUUUAUACUUUUGUUGGCAUGUUUAUCACCCGUUACAAACACGCUGUUGAAUGCUGUAUUCACUUUUACACUGUUGUGUUCCUCUAGAGCGUCCCGCACUCGCUUGAGCACUAUACCGCCUGCGUCUUCUAAAAACGUUCGCGGUUCAAUAUAGUUUGUAUUUAUCACUGCACCUGUCUGAAUGCGAUUCUCGAACGCUGUAUCUAUCUCUCGCCACAUGAGUUUGUUCGCGUUAUUACUAGUGCUCGCGUAAUUACCCCCUACAUGCACGAAACGUCUUUGUAAUUGUGUCUUUUCACCUUCGAGUCGCGCGAUCCUCGCCACCAACGAUUGUCUUUGUCCGACGGCAAGCCGAGGACGCUUUAUGCGGCUAUGUUCCUCAAGCUGUUGUAUAAUCUCGUCGCAUCGCUGCAACCACAUAAAACACUCGCUCAAAGUAGUGACUCCAUUUGCUUGCUCCAACAGCUCGCGUUCUACUCGCUCGAAAUUAUUCUCCAUUUUUAUCACUGUUGUCUUUUUAUCACUGUUUUAAAACAACACCAUACAAUCUUCAACAGGACACUCGCAUGUAUUUUCGUAGCACCUAAUGCAGAAUCGAAAUUUGUCUUGAAUUUCAAACUGCAUUAGCUUGCUUUGUCUUUCACACCGAAUAUUGCACUGAAUUAUUACUCCGGAUUGAUGACGGUUUCAACUUGCACUCGGAUCUUAAACUUCGCAUCAAAUGCGAUAUUAUGCGCUUCCCGACCGCUUAUAUAUUUUUUAUAACUCUUCAUUUUCUUUGUCUUAACAUCGGUGCUUGACCUCUGCAAGAUUUGCAUUAUUUGAAUGUGUGAUUCUGAAUGAUCUCAUCAAGUUAGUAUCAAAUGAUUUAUGUACGUGCUUAAAACAUAUUUUUGUUACAGCAGCCGUACAUCGGCGCUUGACCUCUCAAAGAUUUGCAUUAUUUAAAUGUGCAAUUUUCGUAUGAUCUCAUCAAUAAGUAUCAAAUGUACAUGCCUAAAACAUAUUUUAUUACAGCAGCCAUACAUCGGCGCUUGACCUCUCAAAGAUUCACAUUUUUUGAAUGUACGAUUUUCGUAUGAUCUCAUCAGUAUCAAAUGUACAUGUCUAAAACAUAUUUUGUCACAGCAGCUGUACAUCGGCGCUUGACCUCUGCAAGAUUUGCAUUAUUUGAAUGUGCGAUUUUUGUAUGAUCUCAUUAGUAAGUAUCAAAUGUACAUGCCUAAAACAUAUUUUGUCGCAGCAGCCGUACAUCGGUGCUUGACCUCUGAAACGUUGGUCAUCCUUGAAUGUGUAAAGUUUGAAAUAUGUGAUUGCCCCCCUCUACUGAGAUGUGUGAAGAAAUAUGUGAUUAUCCCCUCUACUGAGAUGUGUGAAGGGUGUGCAAUAUAAGAAGAGUUCUGAAAACGGUAUCACAUCAGUUAAUCAGCGGAAUACGGACGGUAAAGUUCCAAUCUUGCAUUAGUUAAUCGAAAGAAGUCGGAGUUUCCCCUGAAAAUGAACUAUUACGUUCCGAUUCAGCAAAAUGAAACGAGUGAUAAACCAACAAUGUCGCAGCCGCGUCAUACUCCACGCAUUCUGGGGAGGAGAUUUGCUUUGACGACUACAUUCUACAAAUAUUUGGAUAUAGGAAUCAGUGUGGGACUUGAGCCUUUUGUAGAGAUGAUUCUUGGUGACAACAAGGGCAAUGAGAUACCGCUGUCACGUGAUACCUGGGUAAUAAUGAUUGAGAAACGGACAGAUAUCGAGCAACUCCUGCAGUCGACAACCGCUACAUCGUUGUGGAUUAAUGAUCUUUUCAUCGAAGUCGUUAAAAUACGUAACGAGAGUAUCAUAAAAUUCACUUUAAAUAACAAAAUUAUGUACAUGAAACCAUCGACUGUGCAAUUUUUACUAAAUCUUGAAGAUGUUAUCAAUAAUGCAUAUUUUAAGUUAUGGGAUGAUAUGCAUAUAGUAAAAGAACGAUAUAAUCAAUUUGUAAACUGUUUGCGGCGAAAUAAUAUUCAUAACAAGUGCGAUGCAGUCAAAUUGUUAAAUGAAAUAUGUGUAAAAACUUCGCUCGUAGAUUGCGAACUGAUGGUUUAUGCAUCAGACAAUAUUGUAUACGACGCGUUACAAAAAGAAUAAAUGAAAAAAAUUAUAAAUAAUUAUUAUAACUUAUUUUCUCUCUUCCCUAUUCCUUUGCGGUAUAAUGGCGUGCGCAGAACCGAGUAGGAGGUACAUAGAUAAGAUGGGUGGGAACCCAUGUAUGUAACUGCAU